AUGACCUCCAAUUAUGUGCUUGGGCCCCUAUUAAUUCCCCUCAAUUUAACCGAAGUGUCUCCUGCAGAACCAUUUCAAGUAUUUUACCUGCACGUGAAAAGUCUGGAGUACGGAGUAGCCUAUUGCUAUUACUAUUGGCCCCCGCUUAUUACACCUUGUCCCUAA